UGGUAAAUAUUAAAAUUUGGCAAAAAAUACCCUGAAACCACACAGUGGCAUCCAACUAAAUGUUUUUUUUAUGUUAGCAAGAUGAAAUCUAAAAUAAAAUAAAAAUUUUAAAAUGUACAGCAAUAGCGUACAUUUUAAAACGCUUUUUUCACUUUUCCUUACAAAUUUUUCCCUGUCGAGAGGCUUGCUAUAAUUAUUAAAAAAUUGUUGAAACUGGGUAAAUCCAAACCGUAAAAUACUAACAAAAAGGCUGCCUGUUAAAUUUUAAAUUUCCAUGACCAAUUUUUACGAGGUAUCAAAGCGCUUUUCGUGUUUCCAUCUCCACCCAGGAAAUGAAGCCAUACACCUGCCACAGAAUAAUGAUGAUUCUGAUGCUGUUCCACUCGCGCUACACCAGUCGGAGUAGCACCAGAAAACCACGCAAAUGCGUUGUGAAGCGCUAAAAUAUGCAACUAUGGACUAAGCUUUAUGGAAUAAGCAACUUCAUCACGAUAGUGCAUCUCUCCGGUGUGUGCUUUGGACAGUUGUUUUUUGAUCCAAAAUUUUUAUCACCACCAAAGAUAAUAAUCCAAUCGGUCAAGCAAUCUAGAGGCUACAUAAUUAAAUGCUGCGGAGGCCAAUCGUGCACCGGGUCUUCGUCUGGAAACGGAUCAGACUACUAUGAUGAAGGCAAUGCGGGUGGUGGAAACGGAGGGGGUGGAAAUAUGAAGACAACGGCACCUGCAGAUGAAAAAACUACUGCGGGUGAUGGCGGAGGAUCAAGUGCUGGCGGCGAUACAACAGCCGCAGGAGGAGACACGACUGCUGCUGGAGGAGACACUUCCGCCGCCGGAACGGACACAACUGCUGCAGGAAGCGACACAACGGCUGCGGCUGCAGCAGGCGACACAACAGACACAACGGCUGCAGCUGCAGCAGGCGACACAACGGAUACAACGGCUGCAGCUGGCGACACAACAGACACUCCUGCUGCUUUGAAGAUGGACCCUGCAGGCAUCAUUCAGAGAAAAGGGACAAAACCAAAGAAAAUUUCCGAAAAUCAAAAGAAAUCCAGAGGGACAAAGAAAAAAGAAAAGACCUACAAAAUCAGGGUGAUCGACUCGAAAAAUCAAAAGCAGGUGAAGAAUUCCAAUGCAAAGAAUAAGGUCAAGCGCGUCCAUAUCAACCUGGGCGCCGGCAAGAAUGGCAAGCUGGAAAAAGUUAAGAAAAACUUGCAGGGUGAGAGCGUAAAACUGUUUUGACAGCACGGGACGAGGGAGCAGCCAAGGAUGUCAAAGAGGACUAGGACGAUGCGGUGCAGUUUUUCCAUGAACUAUUUUCUUAUCAAUUACAAAGAAAUCAACUAACAAAAAAAAUUCGACUUGAUCGGUUGUGUGCAUUGAGGUCAAAUAAUAAAUUAUUAUCAAAUGAGGGAGGUCAAUUGUCGAUUGCAACUCAAUUUCAUGUAAUUUCCAGGUGCAAAUAGGAUACGAGAAAAUUGCUGCAAUUUUGAAAAAUGUUAGAAUGCAAUUUCUAACAAAAAUAUUUAAAAUAUAAGACCAGAUCAAAAAUUGAAUGCCUUUAGCAUAUAAAAUGAUUUUGAUUUUUACAGCUGUUUUGUCGAUUUCCUGUUUGAAAAUUUAGGUUACCAUUUUGUUAACUAAAAUGAAAAAUGGAAACAAACUAGGAUUCGGAAUGAUCCGCAAUUUUCAAGGUUUCCAUUUGAUUUUCAUCUUUUCAUCACAGAAAAACAUUUUGCCCUUUUAACCAAAAUUCAGAUUUCAGCAAUAUAAAAAAAUUCUGUUAAAAUUUUCAGUAGGUUUAAACUAUUUCAUAUAUUGU